AUGUUAUGUGGUGCUGAGACGGCGGAGGAUUUGUUUCGUUUAAAGAAUAUACAAUUCGAUAGCAAAAAAUGUUUAGCAACAAAUGAACAGGCAGGCAACGUUUUGUGUUAUUUUAUAACGUGCAUUGAUGGUUCAUCGAAAUUUUUAUACUUUGGUACGUCGAACGGCGGCGUCGUUCGUGUUGAGUUGCAAGAAAGCCAUAAGAAGGAAUGCAAUUCGGGCAGUGGCGAAACGAACGCGAAUGCUGCCGAAACAACAUCAUCGACGAUCGUCGUCGACGAUAACGCCGAAACAGUGAGCUGUGCAGUAGUACUUGACUUUAUGCAGUUGCCUACAAAAUCUGCAGUGACUCAGUUGAUUGCGGUGCCAGCCGUGGACAGUUUAAUCGUGUUGUCGGCAUCGAAAUUGUUCUAUAUCGAUAUUUUUACAUUGCAGAUUCAAUCAGCGAGUAAUUCAUCGAAUGUGGUUUGUCUGUCGUUAAAUAACGACCCUCUGACAGACGAUCCGUUCACGUUACAAAUGGCAUUCGGCACCACCAAUCGUCUGUUAUUGGUCGGUGAAAAGAGUAUGAGCAAUACGAUGACGAAUCCAGCUCAGGGCACAGGCUCAGGCUCAGGCUCAGUGUCUGCUGCUGCUUUCAGUGCUCUUAAAGGAUCCGUAAGCAGCAGUAGCAGCGCAUCGUCGUCGAACCUAUCAACAACACUAAUCAAGCAACGUUUCCAAGCGAACGCUAUCAUUCAAACGUUGUGUUAUAGUCGUGAAUGUAUUUGUUAUGCAACUGCAAAUGAAUAUUUCGUCUAUAAUUUAAACGGAAACAUUCAUUUAUCGUUAUUUCCAUACGAUUCAACGCUUGUAAAACCGUUGAUUUUGAAUAUUGAUACGGAAGAAUUUUUGGUGAGUAGCAUGCAUGGACUGGCAGUAUUUGCAAAAUGCACUGGUGUCUCAUCAAGACCUCCGUUGUGUUGGGGUAGUGAUGCAGUAUUAGGCAGCGCCUAUCAUUCACCUUAUAUAUUCGCCUUUACCGAGCAAUCGCUACUUGUGUUCGAAUGUAAUGAAGGUGUUGAAGUGUGUCGACUGAAGUUGCACGAUGCAACACUGCUCAGUAAUAUUGAUGGACGUAUAUAUAUUGGUUAUAAGAACGCGAAACUAUUCAUCGUCAGUCAGAUUUCGUGGCUAGAACGAGCAGAGACUCUGCUCAGUAAAAGUUGCGUAGAUGAGGCGCUGAAAUUCGCAGAACAAAGUGUAUUGGAGGCAUCAUAUGAUGAAGCGGAGAUAUUGAUACUCAUUCAUUAUGCUCAUUUGGAACUACCGUCGUUUGGAGGCAUUUGCAAUUUGGACAGUGAUUGCACAGCAAUUAAAUUGAGAGACGAAAGCAGAACGAAGCCGUCUGAUUCGAUGGAAUAUUUGAAUUUUUUGCUGCAAUAUCUGAGUGAAAUACGAAAAUUGUAUUGGACAAAGGCGUAUCGCAAGGAUUUGGACAAUGUUUUGGUGUGUUUAUUAUCAGUUAAGCAUGAUAAUGAUACUGAUAGUGAUAAUGGCAAGAUAAUGCCGCCAGCACAGCAGAUGCCAGCGCAACUUGAGUGUUCAUUAAACGACUGCAAAGAGUGGUUAAUGAAACGAAACAGUUUCUUGUUCUUCGUGUUGUUAGCGUUUCAUUUGGAUGACUUCAAAGAAGCGUUCGGCACAUGUCGAGAGCUUUUCCGAGAAUCCAAGUUGACAACACGUUUACACGAAUUAUGCAUGGAAAAUCUGUCGAAAGGUGACGGCGCCUUACUUUUCAGAGUUAAAGAUGCGAAAAUUUUGCUGGAUGCAUUGCAAUUUUUAAUUGAAUUCGAUCCCAGAACGAGCGUAGAAUCACUGAAAAAUAUUCAAUACGUGGAUUAUGAUCGCGUUGAAGUGAUGAAGUAUCUGGAACCGUAUCCAAACGAGUUGAUUCUGUUUCUGGAGCAGAAGAAACCUUGUUGGCAAGAAGACGCAUCAGAGGAGUGUUUGGAGACGCUGUUGAAUGAGUACGAAGACUACGAUGCGGCUGAAUUCUAUUGUCAACGUAUGCAAGCCCGUAACAAACGGCUGUUUCGUGUGCUGCUGAAAGCAUAUUUGAAAAUUGUUAAGAUUAGACCAGAAUUUAAGACGCGUAUUGUACAAAUGUUGAGUGCUGUGCAUGAGACGGGUGAUGAACUGGAAAUAAUAGCGGAAUUUCCCGAUGAUUGGCCGCUGCAGGCGUUGGCUCCAUUCGCUUCAAAGGCAUUUUCAUCGUACACGUAUCGUUUACAUUGUGAUCAACUCAAAACAGCGGCAUUAUCACGUGCCAUGCGACACCUCAACCAACAACUCGAACAACAGUGCAAUGCAAAAGUGGUGAUCGACGAGCACACCCGAUGUGCCGUGUGCUCGAAGUUGAUCGGUGCCGACGACACCGUGCUCUAUCCACGCUCAAAUGUGCUCAUUCAUCGCACCUGUAUGAACACUCAUUGCCCAAAAACAUAG